AUUUAUGUGGAGGUGAUAAUUGGACUUUGUUUACAGAAAGCCACAAAGAAAACUGAUAAACCAAGAAUAGAAGAUAGAGAUGACCUAGAUGUAACAGAGCUCUCCAAUGAAGACCUUCUUGAUCAGCUUGUGAGAUACGGAGUGAAUCCUGGUCCUAUUGUGGGAACAACCAGGAAGCUUUAUGAGAAAAAGCUGUUGAAACUGAGGGAACAAGGAACAGAAUCAAGAUCUUCUACUCCUUUACCAACAAUUUCUUCUUCAGAAAAUACAAGGCAGAAUGGAAGUAAUGACUCUGACAGAUACAGUGACAACGAAGAAGACUCUAAAAUAGAGCUCAAGCUUGAGAAGAGAGAACCACUAAAGGGCAGAGCAAAGACUCCAGUAACACUCAAGCAAAGAAGAAUUGAGCACAAUCAGAGCUAUUCACAACCUGGAAUAACUGAAACUGAAUGGACAAGUGGAUCUUCAAAAGGCGGACCUCUGCAGGCAUUAACUAGGGAGUCCACCCGAGGGGCAAGAAGAACUCCAAGGAAAAGGGUGGACACUUCACAACAUUUUCGUAUAGAUGGUGCAGUAAUUUCAGAGAAUACUCCCAUAGCUGAAACUAUUAUGGCUUCAAGCAACGAAUCCUUAGUUGUCAAUAGGGUGACUGGAAAUUUCAAGCAUGCAGCUCCUAUUCUGCCAAUCACUGAAUUCUCAGACAUACCCAGAAGAACACCAAAGAAACCAUUGACACGAGCUGAAGUGGGAGAAAAAACAGAGGAAAGAAGAGUAGAAAGGGAUAUUCUUAAGGAAAUGUUCCCCUUUGAAGCAUCUACACCAACAGGAAUUAGCGCUAGUUGCCGCAGACCAAUCAAAGGGGCUGCGGGGCGGCCAUUAGAACUCAGUGAUUUCAGGAUGGAGGAAUCUUUUUCAUCUAAAUACGUUCCUAAGUAUGUUCCCUUGGCGGAUGUCAAGACAGAAAAGACAAAAAAGGGACGCUCCAUUCCUAUGUGGAUAAAAAUUUUGCUGUUUGUUGUUGUGGCCGUUUUUUUGUUUUUGGUCUAUCAAGCUAUGGAAACCAACCAAGGAAAUCCCUUCUCUAAUUUGUAUAAGGCUGGAAAAUCCAUCUGAACGAUUUCCCUUUGGCACAUUCACCUUGGUCUCCUAUUUUUAAUAACUGUAGAAAAACAUUUGUGUAUACUCAUUGAUACAAGAACUAAAAAAUAAUGUGAUUUCACUUUAAUAAAUUUAGUAUUUCAUUGAAAAGCAAACAAGAUAUAUAAAUGAACUUCAUUUAAAUGUUUUGGACUUUGGACUAGUAGGAGAUCACCUUGUGCCAUAUAAAUAAUCUUUUUUUUAGCUCUGGAACUUUUUCGUAGGCUUUAUUUUUUUAAUGUGGACAUCUUCAUUUUUGGGGAAAAUGUAUAUUGUUUUUGUGUAUUUGGGAAAUAAGGGCAAAACAUGUAUAAUGUGAAGCUACACAUACUUUAAAUUCUUACAGAAAAGAUUCCAAGAUUUAUUCUCUGCUGAAUAAAAAUUUUACAAACAUGUGAAACAGUGAAAUUCAGUAAGAGAAGCAUAGCUUGGUUGUACUUUUUUAACUGCAACAAAGUUUGAUGGUGUUUGUGUGGAAAAGUACAGCAAUAAUCUCUUCUGUAACUUUUAUUAAAAGUAAUGUUGUUGUAGCCCUGUCAUACUCAAUUUUUAACAGAUUUCUAGUAUCAUGAAAAACCUAUUUCAGUAAGACCCAUUGAAAUAAAGUUGGUUUUUAGCAGAGAUAUUUUAGGGUAUCAUAUGUACAUGUUUUAGAGAACUAUUAGCUAGCUGUACAUGUUUUUAAAAGCUGUUAGCUAGCUAAAAGACUAUGUAAUUGGAAAUUUGUACUUUUUAUUUACAGCAAAACAUUUAUUCUCUCAAUCCAAUUUGCUACCAAAAUAUUUUUUUAGAUAAUAAGUGUAUGUUUGUUUAGAGAUUAGAAACUUUAAACACUGGUCUUUUUGUUUCAUUUAUAUUCAUUGUUAUAUUGUUUUUUGUUACCAAAAACAAAUUUUGCCAAGAUUUUUUAUUUUGUUUUUCCCUAUAUUUCUCGGUGUAAUUUGAUUAAAAAGUAUGGGAAGUAUUUGCUUUUAAAUUACAUGUAAGCAGUAGUUAAUACUUAAAGUUGUAAACUUUGAAUAUGAAGUGGGCAUUAUGAUUUUGUGUACUCUUAAAAUAGUUAACAUUAUCUUUGAGGUUGAUUUAUUUUAUUGUUUUAGCUAAAACUAACCUCAUGUAUAACCUGGUUUGGUAAAGUCAUAGAUAAUUAUCUUAGUAGAACCACAUCAAAGGUAAAAAUUUUAAACUUAAUCGUUUGAGCUACAACUUUACUCAGUGACCAUAAAGCACACUAAAAAUGUAAGUUGUUUUAAAAUAUCCAAAAUUAAAAAACAAUUUUUAAAAGGAAGAAGCUGAAGGUGUAUAUUUAGACCACAGCACACAGUUUUGAUUUGAAUUAGAUCUGUUCUGAUAUAUAGCUUUUUGAUAUUUUGUAGACAUUUUCACUUAACUUUUGCACCCUGAGACCAGAAACACUCAGAUCUGGGCCUGCAGGGCACACAGGAAAUGGAGUCCUGGGUCUGAGGUGCUGGCCUCUGGGUCAGCGUCUCUGAGAUGAGCCACACAGGGGCAUGUUUUGCUCGGUUUUUCCACUAAGGUAAUAGCUAUCUGCUCUCUCUGUUUUCAAGCUUUGUUUCCCACAAUGUUUUCAGUCUUUUGUUUAUAAUUAGCAACUGUGAGAUGCUCCAUGUAAUGUUUUAAAAUGUGGAGAGAAAAAUCAGAUUUAAAAUGUAUGUAAGAUCAGUUUUCUAGUAGGAAAAGUAUGGUCCAAAAUAGCAAAAGUAGGACCAGGUGAAACAUGUAGUCAUUUUUUUAAACAUGUACUUGGUCUUUUGUCUGUGUCUGUUUUAUUCCACUAGAGUAAAUGUGUCCUUGAUGUAAAUGCAAAGCAUUUCUUCCUGAUUAAAUCGUAGAUGUAGACAUUACAGUAUAAUU